GAAGCAGAAGUAUACCGAUGGUACCUAAGAUGAAAUUUCGCAUUUUUUUGUUUGAGAUAAAAAGAGGAGAUACGUAAGCAGUAUCUGUAUGUAAUAGAUUACAUAUUUUUCUUGAGAAGAAAGGAUUGUGAUCAGAAAAUCUUUUGUCAUAUCGAGUAGAUAUAUAAAUCAAACGUUGUAACAAUGAAAUUAUUACCGUUAUUGAUUUCAGUCGUCUUAAUUGUGGUCAGUCACAUUAAAGAAAUUAUCGGAUUUUACAAUAAAAAUGAUGUCAUCAGAAGUGAAAGUGGAAUUAAAGUUGGUAUUCAUGAAAGAGGUAUAACACUGAAAAAUCCUGGAAUUAUUUCUAGUCGUGAAGGACCUGGAAGGAGUUCAGGCGUACGGCUAGGGGAAAGUAGAAGUAAUGUGACCCGAUACAAGACAGCAGCUAUUAUUCCAACACCACAUACAACCAUUCCACCUUCCCAAUACACUCAUUCCCCCCAGAUAUCGAUGCUGAAUAAUAGCAAUCACAACGUGACUUAUCUUAAGGUCGGAAUGGUGGUACCUUAUAAGUCAUUUGGAGUCCGUGAAUACACAAAAGCUGUCACAUCUGCGAUUAGUACAUUGCAACGAAGCACCAGAGGCCCUCGCCUAGAAAUGUUUCAGCGAUAUGAUAUUCACGUACUCAUAACUAUGAAAGAGCUUACACCUAGUCCAACUGGAAUUUAAUGCUACGACAACUCAUAACGGCAAAUUAAUCCCAUCGAUAGCUGAUCACACAAAAAACUAACUUAAAAAUUUUAAUAAUUAACGUCAUA